UACAGUUUUGCAUUGAGCCAGAAGAAGAGAAGAGAAUUGUCAAAUUUUUCGUUUUUUUACGUAUUACUCACAUUAAAGAUAUAAUUUAAGUAACAAUGAUAUUAUAGUUUCUUCAAAGAUUCGAGUUUCUAUAAAAAAAUCCACUCUCCCUAGCCUCGAAAAGUUGAAACAUUUGUCAAAUAACUUUCGGUUCUAAAACAUUGUUCAAAAUACUAAGAAAAUGAAGUACUCAACAGUUUCCAGCGAAACACAACUGUUCUGUGAACAAGUUCAACAAUUGACGACCAUGUAUGAACAAUGGAACGACUGUGAGCGAACAGUUGUAAUUUACGCGCUUUUUAAGCGUCUGCCAUUUGCAAAUCUAAAAUUUCUCAUUCACUCAAUUGACCAUUAUUUGAAACAAAGUUUCAACACACCUCAUCGCCUAACUCAUUUCGAGGAUGCUGCUAAUGCCGUUACGUUCCUCAAUAAAUUAAUUCAUAAAUAUAAUACUUUAAUAAAUAUAACGACAACCAGUGAUGAAAGUGACUUUGUUAGUGAUUAUGACAGCGGCAGUGGCGAUGGAAAGAAUUUGGAAGAUGAUCUUAUUUCGAAAUACACAAGCAAAGAUGAAAUCAUCAACGAUUUAUUAAUGUUCCUUCCUUUGUUACGACCAAAUAAUGAAGAAGGUAAAAGAAUUUACAUGCAGUUCGUACCAGUACUCAUCGAAGACUCAAUAAAGCAUAAUUUGCCAAUUGAACUCGUACAACAAAUUUUAUCGUAUCUACUAAUUCAUCCUGCAAUUAAGAAUGAUGAUCGGAAGGCUUUAAAUCAAUGGCUUCGACAAUUGGAGGAACAUAUUGCAUCUUCUUACAGUCAGAAUAAUGUUGGCAACAAUUUUAAUUUUUUGCCAACGGAUAACACGUCAUCGUUUUUAUCGACGGCCUCUUCAAUUUCCAGUGCAUCGUCUUCAAGUUCGGCUUUGUCAAUGACAUGGCCAACAGCAGUACCUCAAACACUACCAGUUUUACCACGGCCAGGAGCAUUAAAUCAAGACUAUAGCGAUGAUGCUAUUCAACCAAAAUAUCCAACACCAAUUGGUAGUAAGAAUGCUAUUCAAAGCAUCGCCAAAGGAUCGAAUAUUAAACCUUCAAAUUCAAUUUUUGAAUCCACUGACGAACAUCCCAUUUCGUUUUCAAAAAAUGGAAAAGAGAUUGUUGAUUUUGAUUGUGAGUUUAUUGAGAGUUCAAAGACUGCAACGUCAUCGUUGACUAGUGCAUCGAACACAAAUGACUUUUUAACUGUCCCUUGUCUCUUCAAUGAUCAUGUUUUUGAUUAUUACGGAUCAUUAAAUGGAGGUGAUGGAUAUAGUGAUGAUGGAAAUCUUGCAAGAACGAGACGCUCGAAUAGUUUGACAACACCAACCGCACGAGGUGAUUUUGUAACAUCAUCUUCAGCUGAAAAUCUUUCAAAUCUGCUAAAACCUCGAAGCUUUUCAUUAUCGAUCGAAUCAUCACGAAACGCUUUAGUAUCAAGUGGAUCUGAUACACGUCUUGAUGAUUAUAACAAAAUGGGACAAAUGCGAUAUUCAAACAACACAAAUCACAUUGGAAUGGGUCACAUUGGUGUUUGGUUGAAGAGCUUGAGAUUGCAUAAAUAUUUCUGGCUGUUCAGCAACAUGGGCUAUGACCAAAUGAUGGAAAUGACUGAAGAUUAUCUGGAGAGCCUUGGUGUUACGAAAGGUGCACGUCAUAAACUUGUACUAUGCAUUCAAAAGUUAAACGAACGUGUUCCAAUAUUAAAUCAAAUGGAAAAGGAUUUAAUGGAUGGAAGUAAACAUUUAAAAACAGUAUUAGAUGAGCUUUCAAAUAUUGUCUGUACGCCAAUGAAGCCUAUCAAUUCAGUUCCUUAUGAAGAAGAUGUUGGUUCGCAUUUCAUGAGAGUUUUGGAUUGUGCUUUUCAACUUUUGAUGACUGGAAAGUUCAUUCAAGGUUGUGAAGAAGAAUGUUCGUCAGCUUUCAAUUGGUUGAUUGAUAAAGCAUUGCAUCAUGAUUCACUUGAACAACAGUCUAAUCGUUUGAAAGAAUUUAAGUACAAAUUGCAACGUUUGAAGAUUCAGUUUGGCCACAAUAAAAUGCAUUACAGUAACAAUAACAAAGGCAGCAAGAUGAGAUGGACUAGCACAAAACAAAUAAAGCCGACUAAUCAACCAUCAAGUGAUAAUCAACCAAAAAUUCAUCGCAAAAGUUCGAUGCAAUACUACAACAUUCAAUCGUACAAUCAAAGUGCAGGCGACAAAAGCUUAUCUUAUCCCAGUUUCGGAGGUAAACAAUCAACGAAUCUCAAUAAUUUCCAAAGAUCAAUUAGUCGUGAAAAAUUGAAUCAAUUUUCUUUGAUGCAACAACAACCGAUUCAUCCUCUGCAUCAUUUUAAUCAACAAGUGACGACUCCAACUGGCCAAGCACCGCCGUAUCAUCGUCACUCGCUGAACAAUUUAAUGCCGUUCAAUACAGCUCAACAACAGUUUUUGAAUCGUCGUAACAGCAGUUGCUCUGAUCGUGGCUUGCUAAGUCACACACUUUCGACUUCACUUGAAAGUACUGAAAAGAAUUUAAGUGAUUCUGGUUUAAGUACAAGUAUGAGCUCAUCAUCGACAGCGCCAAGUGCAAGUGACAUCAAUAGUCGUUUGGAAUCUCUUUGUCGUCAGAUGACUGAACAGGCAAUCAACUAAACUCAAACGAUCUUCAAUGUGAAAUUUAUAAUUGUUCUUCUACAUACAUGAAUAGUUCAAAUUUCUCCUCGUUCUAUUUUCUUCUUUUUUUCCUUUGUUUUUAAAUGCAGCGACCCUUGAAGGGAACCUUCAUUUUUUUGUUUUCAUAACAUAUUAUUUAUUUAGAAAAAAAUUAUCUAAUUAGUUUCUUACCAUUAUUUCAAGACUUCUUUUUUUCAUUCAUUUUUAGACAUUUUUCGAAAUUUUUAAUGUUAUCUCUAAUUGGCUUGAAGGAAAAUUUGUUGCUUCAUU